GGGAAGCGGGGCGAAUGGCGACUUCAGGAGAAGGUUGUCGCUCGGUCGAGCGCUGGAGGAGACGCUACCUGCCUGGAGAGGAUUAUUCUUUGGAUAUAGAAGAAGCCAAAAGUAAAAGUCGAAAGGCUUCAAUAUCUGCAGAUAAAAUGGAUAGUUCACUUGAUGAUACGAUAGCUUCUUUGCUUAUAACUUCCUCACAGUUGAAAACUAUCUACUGUGGAAGAACGCAUGACAAAAGACAUUAUUUUGCAUCCCCAAAGAAUUUUAAAAAUUCGGAUGGGCCUGAUGAUGAAUUGAAUUCUCGGUAUGUGUCAAGGGAGCUUGACCUACGGUCAGAGUUUACUGGAGAUUCUCUUGGAAGUGAUGAAAUUGAAAUUGGAGGCACAUAUUCAGAAAUAGAUAUUACUUUGCCAUCCACUUUGCGGGCUGGCAUAUGUUGUGAUGAUAGUACUGGUGAUGAAGCAGUAAGAGAGAGUGUUAGUAUUUCUGAAACCCAAGAGGUAAAUGGGGAAACGCUGAUACCAUCUCACUUCAGUCAAAUUUAUCAUGAAUUAUCCUCCAUACAUCAAAAGCUUCAGCAGGAAAAACUUACUCAGCAAGAAUAUGCUUUGAAACUUGAAAAACGAGAACACUUCUUACACGAGCGAGAAGCCCAGCUAUGUCGACAUGAAGCUGCUUUGACCAGGAUAAGGGAUGUUGAGGAGGAAAUUCAUACAAAAUUUGAAAUUAUGAAGGAGCAACAUGAAGUUGAAAUUAAGCAGUUGACUGAGGCCUUGAAAGAAAAAACAAAGGAAAACAAAAGGCUUAAGACAUCAUUUGAAACAUUAAAGGAACUAAAUGACACCUUGAAAAAACAGUUAAGUGAUGUAAGUGAGCAAAACAAGAAGUUGGAAGUACAGUCUCGAAAGGUACAGGCUCGUUUAGAGAAUUUGCAGCGAAAGCAUGAAUUUUUAUCAAUACAGAAGUCUAAAGAAAUUCCCCACAUAGCCCAAGAACAUAAGAUUGUUAAACCAGAAAAAGUUAUAGCAUCAUCAAAAACUCACAAGGUAGCUCUUAAUUCACACGUCUAUGACCUUUUAACACUGCUAAUGGACUGGAUCUCAGAUCAGCACCUGAGCAAAUUGAUACUAGAGGAAGAGAGAGAAGCCAUUCACAAGCAAGGCACAGAUGCUUCCAACAGAAACUACACACAAGAGAAGUGUAUCAGGUUGUUGCCUCUUGUUGCUGAACAACUUCAGUGGAUGCCCUUUGUGAAUCCUAAUUUGCACAUGCAUGUGGUUAAAUUUAUUUACUGGACCAUAAGGCAGCUAGAUGGAGGGAUGCAGCAUGGAUCAAUGACAUCAACAAUGAGAAGACUGGGUGAAGACCUAUUUAAAGGUGUUGUACCUAAGGGAAGUCAGUAUCUUUCUUCAGAACAUGCAUCUGACUCUAAACCAAAGUCAGCAUCUUUCUUUAAAAGCUCUCGUUUACCUUUAAGAGUCAUAUCAACUUUAAUUAUAAUCAAAACAGUCACACAAGCUGAUUACCUAGCUCAAGCUUUUGAUUCACUUUGCAUUGAUCUGAAGACAGAGGAAGGGAGAACUUUGUUUUUGGACUACCAAGCUGUGCCCAUUAUAUUGGGUCAUAUAAGAAUAUCAAGUAAAAGGCUGCUUUCCACUGCCAUUGACAGUUUACUCCAGAUGACAUUGGAUUCCAGGGUUUUGCAUCGGUUCCUAGAAGCUUGCAGUAGUGAGGCCUUUUUCCGUACUUGUUCAGUGCUGCUUCGAAACUCCAAACUAGAAAUUCAGAUACUGGAAAAACUCAGCAUUUUACUGCAAAAACUCUCAAAAAUUAAGCGUAAUAAGAAGAUGUUUGAGCUGUUUACUAUUCAUCUGAUGAUUCAAGAAUUACAGAGGACAACUCACCCAGAUCAUGCGUUUUUAUGUAUUAACCUAAACUCUAUUUUGUUUAAUUUGGGUCUGACCAAAAGCAACCCACUGACAAAUGGUCUCAAAGAAAGCCUGUAACCAGCUACCUAUAAGUAAGGAGAUCAGCUAGCUCUGGAGAAGCCCCACCUCCACAGCUGGACAGAUUGUACAUGGUGAGUCUUCCUCACAUUAUCCCAAGCUUCAGGAAGAGAUCUUGUAAUCCUGGAUAUUCCAGGCGUUCUAAAGUUCUUCCAGGUGGGCCUGUCAACUGACCUUAGGUCCAACACCCUCAGAAGACAGGUUGCAGUUCCAGGUUUCAUUCUAAAAGACACACACAGGAACCUUCAGGCAGCUGUCCACAUGAACAUGAAAAACAUUUGGCUGGAUCAGGCCAAUGAUCCAUCAAGUUCAGCAUCCCGUCACAUGGGAAACCGGCUGUCCACAGGAUCCCUCAAGCAGGAUGGGUACAACGUUCUGCCUGCUUGUGCUCCUCACAACUGGAGUAUGUCCAAAGGUUUUUGAGGGUAGAGGCCACCUCCAAUCUGUAGGGUCACCAUCUAGAGCCUGAAUGCAUUGCUCAUGACCCUAACUAGGGCUCCUUCAAGCCUCUCAGAGCUGCUGCUACUUUGAAGGUGCUAACCUUCAAGUCCAUUUUCUUCAUUACCAUUGUCUCAGCCAGAAGGGUCUCAGAAUUGGGGCCCUCUCUUCUGACAGAGAUUUGUCUUUCUUUCAUAAUGGCCACCCCACCCUUCAUUCACAAAGUCAGUUUGGCCUUCAAUCUUGGGGAUUGGCAAUUCUGCCCAGAUGUAUGUAUGGUCUCUCUAUUUGUACACAUGCGUGGCUUCAGUUUCAUGGUGGUGUGUGGCUUCCGGUGUGCCAUCUUCCAAGGGCAGACAGUCAAAUUGACAACAUCGGACAUUACAUGUGCGCAUGGUGACUUGGCGAGAGAAACACAGCUAUUAUCAAUAAUAUUUCAACCUACCAUUGCAAACAAUUUUAUACAUUUUGACACGUUAGCUAAACACAGUCCUGUGAACAGGGAAAAAUAUGUGCUUUUCAAUUUGUUACAAGAAUUUGAAAACAGAUUUCAAGAUUUCCAGGAAAAUAAUCACUAUUUUGGAAUGUUUGCGACUCCAUUAUCAGUUGACAUAAAUACGUAACCUGCCAAUUUUCAAAUGGAAUGCAAAGAGCUGCAAUCUGACGUUCAAUUAAAGAAAAAAAUUGAUCAUGGAUUUUAUAGGUCCUAUUUUCUCAAAAAUCCCUUCACAAUUAUGCCUUAUUCAUCUCUUUGCUUUUUGGCAGCACCUACAUUUGUGAGCAACUAUUUUCAAGAAUGAAGCACACUAAGAGUAAUAUUAGAACCAAACUAUCUGAUGAUCACCUUGAGAAUUCACUGAGAAUUGCAACUACUUCCAUUGAACCAGAUAUUGAUGCCUUAGUUUCUCAGAUAGAAUGUCAAAUAUCCCACUAGUU